AUGAGCGCACGGGAUUUUGAGAUUCUCUACAAAGAGACGCGCCUUAACCUCGAGCCAUCCACGUCGUCGUCGAUUGUCCAGAUCCGCGUCGGAUCGCACAACCACAGCUCCUUCAGCAGGUCGACAACAGCAAGCGCGCGUGCCAUCAACGCCGCCGACGACGAGAAGGCCUACCGAACCCGCAACAUAGCCACUGCUUCAUCAGUAUACUACCGAAAGCACCAUGUCUCGCCCCGUGCUUUCCAUUGGCGGGUCCUCGAGAACGACACCGUCCUGAGCAUCCGCGCGGCCGAUGUCUGCAAACCAAACCCCCACCAACAACACAACGAUAUCGACGCGCCCUUGGUCUUGAACCUGCGCUUCUCCUCGCCGAUACGAACCUCUUGCAUUGGCUUUUCCGACCCAGAGGCCCAUGAUGCCCUUUGCGUCCAUGUCGUGGACCAGUCCAACCAGCUUCACACCAUCACUCUUCGCCCAGAUCACUUCAGGAAGAGGCCAGCAACCGAUGGCGGGCUGGGCGAGCUUUGCAAGUCGUACUCGCCGCCUGGGUUUGGCUUCAAACAACCACACCGGCUCGUGGUUGUGAACCACGAACAGCUUAUUGUUACAAUGCACGAUGGGGGGAUACUCAGGUUCGACAGGCAUAGUAGAGCGAACGCAAACGGCGCCCAGUGGAAGGAGACGAUCUAUAACGUUGCCGGAUGGGGACAAAGCUUACAAAAGCUGGUUCCUUUUAAGCGAGACCCGACGGUGCGGUAUGGCAACACCAACAUGGAGCUAACAGCAGCUACGUCGACUGCCAUUACGAAUGCGGGCAUUGAUGGCGCCGCCUUUUUGUUCACUAUUUGCCUAGAUCAUCGUAUGCGGGUGUGGGAUGUGCGAACGGGCCAGAUCAUGUAUACGGGCGACAUCCUGAACGCUAAGCGCGAUCCCCAAGAUAUUGCCCGAUGGACUAUCGACCCCUCCCAAACCAACCUAAUCCGCAUCGUGGACAAUGGCCCCGGCCAAUGUUUGGUCGUCACCUACUCUCCAAUAGGGUCAGGCGAGUUCAAGUUCUGGAAAGUGAAGGCCAACGCCCAAGGAUCGAUCCAUGGGCCUGAAUUGUGGACACUGUGGAAGAACAAUAUCACCUACCGGGUCCAGAAGCUCCAGGUACGCCCAGGGAGCGCCAGCGGUCCUUUUGAUGAUAGUUGGAAAAUGGUGAAUGUCGAUUCUUCGGCAGCAUCUGCGCAGACGUCGGGCCCUUGUGAUUCCGUGGAUUCAACCGAAAAGUGGUUGGACCUUGUCUUCUUCCCGGGCAGGUUUACCAAGUCGACGCUCGAGACAGCACUGGUAAUGUACGAAAAGGGCCUUGGAACGUACCAAGAGAGCAAUUCGAAAUCCAACAAGAACAUUGCGGAGUCAAUUUGCUCCGUCCUUGGAGCUACCACGACACUUGAUCGAAGCUCGGUCGGAGGGCCGGACUAUGAACAGUUCAGGGGUACGAGCGAGACUCAGUGGACACGGUUUUGGCGGCUGCUACUAGAGUUGGAUAAGCAAAGGGGUGAAGCACUAUCCUUGGUUCUUGAUCCUGUGGAUGGCAUGAUCUGGGUCGCCUGUGCCGAUCUCUUGUCUGCUAUCAGGUAUUGUAGCGACCUUGACCGAAUCUAUCACAACAUCGAAGCCCCCAGCCAGAAGGAUCAGGACGUUGCCGCCUUGGUCUCGGCCGGCCUGAACUUUGUCGACGUCUUCUCGGACAGCAUGUUGGAGUUGAGCAGAGCGGCUUUACGCGCAGAGCUAUUUGAAGAGUCAUCACUAUCAGAUGCCGAGCGCAUGCAGCAGUUCUACGAUAAGGCAGGGUUCUGGCGUCAAGUCACCGAAGAGGAUGUGGCUCAAGCGGUGGAAACCCUGGGGCAGAACUUCCAAAUGGUUACUCCUAGAUUGUACGAAGAUUUGUUCGAGCUAAUCACAGCGGCAGGUGAUAGGAACUCGCAGGAAGUGCGAGCGCCGUUCACAGGAUUUGGCCGGAAACUGGUCAUCCGAACAGUGCAGGAGACGAUCGAGCUUCACUGGAAGAUACUCUUCAGCCAGCUCAUUCUUCUGGUUCACAUGGAGGAUGAGAUUGAAGACGAGAAGAGUGCACUACACGCGAGGUUCGACGUCGGCCUAGUCUACCGCAAACUUGUUGAUGCUCUUAAGCGGCUCGAGCAUCUCAGGUGGAUGGUUAAGACAGAGCUUACUAUCCCUGUGCCAAAGGCCGAUCACUCUAGCUCCGCAACAUCUGUGGCCACCCGUGGCAAGGAGGAGACUUAUGCAAUUACUGCCUUAGAAGGACUCAUUGGACACCUCUUGGGGUUGCCAGAAAGCCAUGGCAAACCUCUGUUGUCUAGCAUCACUGAUGUUGUUCUUGACAUCUGUGCUCCGACUAGCUCCACUGAGCUUGACAAUGGAGUUAUGCAAUGUUGGCUUCUGAAGCAGGGCCGUCCAGACCUCGCGAAGGAACUCAACCCAUUUGCCCAACAAGAUCCGUUUUCUACUUACAUCCAUGGCCGUGUGUUCCUUGCCCUCAACGAGCACAGCACUGCCGCUCAGUGCUUCAAGAAGGCAUCAGUUGGCCUCAGCACAGAGCGCACGACUGUGCAACGGCAUAGCGCCGGUGUUCUCGACGAUACCGAGUGGAAGCUGCUCUACAGCGGACUUCCCAACUACUACGCUCACGUUGUGAACCUUUUCGAACGACAAAGGGCUUAUUCCUACGUCGUUGAGUUCUCCAAGCUUGCUCUGCAGUUCAUCCAGGACAACCAGGACGACGAGAACUCCAGUAGCCAGCGGACCAAGCACAACGAUGUCAAGACGGAAAUGCUUUCCCGCCUCUUCACCGCCUCCACGGCCAUCUCCCAGUUCGACGUCGCGCAUUCCACUCUCCUCGCCAUGGUCGACGAUGAGGUGCUGCAAAAGUCAUACCUUCGCAAGCUCGUCGAGAAGAUGUGCGAAGCCGGCCAGAACACUGAGCUGGUCAAUCUGCCCUUUUCCGGUCUGCAAACCACGGUCGACGAGAUCCUGGUCGAGAAAUGCCGACAAGUCCGCGACGUACUCAAUGGCGUGCCGUACCACCAGAUCUUGUACGCCUGGCGCAUCAGCCAUAACGACUACCGCGGCGCCGCCUCCAUUCUGCUCGACCGGCUGCAGAAGCUCAGACAGAUAGGUGAAGGCGACAAGGUCGGUGUCAGUGGGGAGGACGCGCUGGAUACGCAGGUGACGAGACAAUACCUGUUGCUCAUCAACGCGCUGAGCUGCGUCCAGGCAAAGGGGGAGGCGUACAUCUUCACGGAGAUUCUCUCCGACGAAGACGAUGAAGACCAAGACGUGAAGCUCAACGGCAAGGGCGGUGUUGAUAACCUGGAAGACCAUCUCGACGAUCUUCUAGAGCGCCUUGACACCACAGCAGGAAGGACCACCAGGGCUUCGGCAGCGGCUGCUUCUUCAUCCGAAGCUCAGCAGGAGGAGGAUCGUGUCCUUGCAGAGAAGUUGAGGCAGUUUUCCACCGCCUCCGAAUUGUUCUCUGACGAGCCGCGCAGGCGGCUGCUUACGCUGGCCGACAUCCGGAAGCAGUACCAGCAGGAGCUGGACAGGAUCGUGGCCAUCCAGAACAACCAGUUUGGAUUUUCGGAUGGAUUUGGUGGUGACGAUGGGGACAUCCUCAUGUCGUGAGUGUAGUUGGGUGGCUUUUUAAUGGGUUGAGUGAGCUGGUCUGCAUGUCUUGGCUUGCCUGAUUGCUAGUUUGCUUCUGUUGCGAUGCUAGGAUGAGAA